UUGAAGAAAAAUGGGGAGAGUAAACACAUCAGAAACUGCCCAAUCUUCUGUGCUUCAUUUCAGCCAUCCCCACCCCCUUCACCUCUCAAAUCCUCACCAAUUUCUAUCAUGUUCUGCCUGCUGUCUUGAGGCUAAAUCUGCACCAAUUUACACUUGCACCCAAUGCAACUUCUGUCUCCAUCAAACAUGCUUCGAAAUGCCUCGAAAACUCACACACCCUUUCGACACAGCCCACGUUCUGUCCCUCCUGCCCACGCCUGCCUACCCCGAAGGCCUAUUCAGCUGCGACGCCUGUGGGAAACGAGGCAGCGGAUUCUCCUACCACUGCCAGCCCUGCGGCAUUGAUCUCCACACGAUAUGCGCCUCGUUGCCAACGCUCCUCGCCCACUCGUCCCACCACCACCCGCUUAGCCUCACGUUCUCGCCCCCUUAUCAGGGAAACCGCUUCUCCUGUGAUCUGUGCAGAAGGGUGGGGUCCAAGAACUGGCUCUACCACUGCACUGCCUGUGAAUUUGACAUUCACUUGAGUUGCAUAACCACAAUCCCUGCCCCCCAUCACAUUACAAGCAAUUCUUUCAUCAAUCAGGCCAAUCCAAUGGCUCAUAACAGCCCUGUCAGGCCACCAGGCAUUGAAAUGGCUCGUUUCAGACCUGUAAGGCCAGCUGGAAAUCUGGGAAGUGCUCUUAUGAACAGCCUGGUUAAUGGCUUAGCUAGUGGUGCUUCUCAGGCAGCCACUCAGGCCAUUAUCCAGGGAAUAACUGGUGAGAAUUCAGGUGGAAUGGAUGGAGAAAAUGCAGAAAUUUCAUACUGAGAAUAGAGAAAAUGGGGAACAGGAUUACAGGAACACCUUAAUUACUGUUUCAAUCCUGAAAGUCUUGACAUUUUUCUUUCAUUUUCACUUGUUUCUUGAAUUCAUUUACAGCAAGUCUGCAACUGAUGUUAAGUAUUUUUAUU